UUGUAGAUGAGCUGAGCGUGUUCUGUAAACCGUCAGCCAUCUGCCGCAGUCAGUUAGCUCCAGCGGGAAUGGAAAAUGGAGGACUGACCGAAGAAAGAGCGAGGGCAUAUCAUCGGUAUUUCUAGCGUGUAGAUCCUUUAACCUUUAUCGAGACUGAUGAUUACUGCUGCAAAGACUUUGUUUAGUUUGAAGAAGCUCUCUACUACCCAUCACUGCUGAACUGCAGACAUUCAGUUUGAAAGUAGUGAUUGACUCCAUCAUCUAUGGAGGAGAAUGCGAGCCCUGAGCUCUCUCUAGCUCCUGAGCCAGAGCAGAGCCAGGACCGUAUGGAUAGCUGCUCUCAAGGUGUUGGAGAAAGGGAUAGUGAGCACAAGGAACCGUUUCAAACUGAAAGCGAGAAUGUGGCCAAAGAGACACUAGAGGAGCCAGACAAAUCUUCCAAGGCCAACAGUGAGGUAAAAAAGACUUGGGGUUUCCGUCGGUCCACUGUCGCAAAGAGAGAAAUGCCCGUGGAGGCAGCAGCCAACAGCUCUGAAAACCGCUGUCCUGUACGCCGUAGUGGUAGGCAGUCUAAGCGUACUGACAAACUAGAGGAAUUCCUCUUGACUGCCAAAAGAGGGUCAAGAAAGAGUGCCCCUCCCAGUCUGGAAAGUGGAGAUCCUCCUUCCCAAACCCCAACUGAUGCAGAGACCGCCUCAGAGGCCAGCUUUGAUGGUAAUGCUGACACCAAGGCUGUAGAGGACAAGGUGGAGUCCCCAGAGAGGAGGACGAGAAGUGGCACAAGGAAGCAGACUCAAAGCAAAACUCAAGGUGGCAGACAGACCAGAGGAGUUGGUGGAGCGACAGUCAAUGAUGAGGGCAGCUCUGAGAAUGAGGAGGACAGCAGAGAUGCUGCCAAGAAAGACCAGUUACAGGAUGACAAUGGGGAGAAAAAAGAUGAAAAGAGUGAUCCCAUUCCUGAAGAUGUGGGGAGUACCGAUACAGUACAGCCUCAGCCAGAGCUGGACUCUGAGAAGAAAGAGGAUGCUCAGGAGAAAGAUGAACAGGGAGAUAAAAAUGAAAAAGUGGAAACGGAGAGAGAGACUGAUGAGGACAGUGCAGACAAGCCUGUAGGAGCGGUGGUAAAACGUGGACCAAUAAGAACCUAUGUCAAUAAAAAGAAGGCAGCCAAUAAGAACGCUAUCCCUGUUAAAGCUCCUGCUCCUGCCAACAAGAGCACCACUCCUGUCAAGAGGGAAACUAAGCCCAAAGUGACCCAAGCUGCUGGAAAGACUCGCAAGCCCCAGACACAAGAGGACAAUGAGGAUGAGAAUGACUCUUCAACAUCGUCGUCUUCAUCAUCCGUUGAGUCUGAUGAUGGAGGAUAUGACCCCAAUGCCCUUUACUGCAUCUGUCGCCAGAGACACAACAAAAGGUUCAUGAUCUGCUGUGACCGCUGCGAGGAGUGGUUCCAUGGAGACUGUGUGGGCAUCACUGAGGCCCGUGGGCGCCUGAUGGAGAGAAAUGGCGAAGACUACAUCUGCCCCAACUGCACCGCUAAGAAAAACCAGGUGCUCAGGCCCGCCACAUCUAUCCUUUCUACAGGUACAGAGGUCGGGAAGCCCAAGGCUGAUGUUGCUCCUCUGACAUGUGCUGCUGCGACUGCUGCUUCUGCUGUGACCUCUGCCGCAACUGCUGAGAAAGCUAACACGAGUGGAGCAGACACCAGUCCAUCAGCUGUUCAGGCUGUGGCAGGACCUCCGUCCUCCACAUCUCUGGGAAGUGAAGAGAAGGGAGCAGAAGACCUGGGAAUCAAAGGCAGGAUAGAGAAAGCUAUUAAUCCAACUGGGAAAAAGAAGAUAAAGAUCUUUCAGCCGGCAAUACAGCAGAUAGCCGAACAUAAGGCAGAGCAGAAGGCUACACCAGUGGUGGAGAAGAGGGUAGCACCCACAGCAGAGCAGAAACAGCUACCAGACACAGAGCAGAAAGUGGCGUCAAACGUGGAGGUGAAAACAACGCCAGCAGCGGAGGUGCCAGAGGAGCAGACCGGGCAGAAGGCUGAGGAGGAGUCUUCACUUCCCAAAUGUAUUGGGCCCGGCUGUGAGAAUAACGCCCAGCCAGAUUCCGUGUACUGUGGAAACGACUGUAUCCUGAGACACGCCGCUGCAGCCAUGAAGUCCAUCACUGAUGUCAAAGAGCCCAAGCAGAAGGACAAGGCCAAGGCUCAGAAAACCAAGUCUACGACAAAGAGGAGUACUGCUGGUGUGAAGAAGAUGCAGAAGAAGACCCGGGAGGAGUCAGACAGCGAGGAAGACCACAGUCCUGAUCCAGAUGAGGAUGACGAAGAUGAGCAUGCUGAGGAACACCCGCCCCCGCCGGCCACUGCAUCCUGGUCCAGCGACCAUAAUUACAUUGCAGUAACACCAGAAAAGACUACACCCAUAUCACCAACAGUGUUAAACAAAAAGUCCCCUCCAAAAGAAGAGAAGCACAGUGAGAAGGAACAGAAAGGGAAGGAACCAGCCCUUACUCCCGAGAAACCUUCUCCAGCAUCUGCAACACCAGUCAAAGCAAACAAGAAAUCCCCGACCACUAAACCAACCAAGGUUUCCUCGAAGGGCAAGAAGCCUUCCCUUCAAGCUACCAGCUCAAAGGCAUCCAAGAAACAUGUGACACCCCUAAGUAAAACUGCAGCAAAGUCCAAGAAACCCGGCCCGACGCCCACCCAUGCCCCUUCUCCCUUCCCUCCAGGUCCGAUCCAUGUCACGGGAGCACUGAGAGUCACCAAGUCUAACUUCACUAUUCCUAAGAAGCAGCCACAACAAAAGGACGCUCUAUCCCACAGUCAUUCAUCCUCAUCCUCUAGAGUCCCAUCAGCUCCAGUUUCUUCAGCUCCCUCCAGCCACUCAUCGUCCUCCAGGCUCUCACACCCAGCUGCUUCAGCACCUCCUGUGUCCCCCAUGCCGCCUCCGCCCAACAACCAGAUGAGACAGAACAUCCGCCGCUCGCUCACAGACAUCCUGUAUAAGAGGGUGAGCGACAGUGAUGAUCUGAAAAUGACGGAGAGUGAGGUGGGAAGGCUGGCAGUUGCCAUUGAGAAGGAAAUGUUCAACCUCUGCCUAAGCACUGACAGCAAGUACAAGAACAAAUAUAGGUCCCUCAUGUUCAACCUGAAAGAUCCUAAAAACAAAGGCCUGUUCUACAGGGUGGUGGGUGGUGAGGUUAGUCCCUUCAGAUUGGUGAGACUAAGUGCUGAAGAGUUGCUUUCCAAAGAAAUAUCUGAGUGGAGGAAGCCUGACACUCCUGAGACCCAGUCUCCCAGUACAAGAGCCCAUUCAGGGCAGUCCAGACUGGGUAACAGGCAUGACUCUAGCUCUCAUAGCAUGGACAUGGAGGAUGCUCCACCAACAUCUGAUCCAGAUGUAUGUAUCUCUGCCACCACUUCAUCUCGCAUGGCUUCUGCUGCAGACCAAGAAGAGCCGUUCUCCACUCCUUCAGUUUCAGCUCACUCCUCUACUGUUGAGGGGAGCAGUGGCAGCAACAUGCCAGAAAUUUUCAGUAGCAUGCUCAAAGACACCACUGCAGAACACAGGACUCAUCUGUUUGACCUCAACUGUAAAAUAUGCACAGGUCAGAAGACAGAAGAUGAGCCAGCAGCUAAGAAAGCCAAACUGACCAAGAAGCCUGAAACUAAACCACCCAGACAAGAGCUGCACUCGUCCAGGUCAGGGGAUGUCUCUCCUGCGGGCCAACCGCAGGUCCCCACAGCCUACCAGCACCAAGACCCCUUAGCCUACCAGCACCCGGUCCCUCUAUCGUACCAGUCAAACAUGGAUGGUCCUGAAUCGCAGCAGCAGCAGCAGCAGCAGCAGCAGCAGCUUUACCAGGAGGACCUUAGCAUGCUGGUACCUCCACCCCAGGCCCCCGCACCUGUUGCCCCAACUGUUUCCUCUGUCACCAUCACCCGCAGAGACCCACGCAUGGCCAGGCACAGCUCCGGUGUGACUGUCACCUACACUGCUCCAGAAAAGCCCAGCAACAACCAACCAGAACCACUCCAUGCUCCUGUUAGUGCUCCAGUGGAGGUUGGACCCAAGGCACCACUCCCGAUGCCCCCAGCUUCGCCAUCUUCAGUGGCUGUCUCCAAAUCAGCUAAAACAAGUACAUCUGAGCCUCCUCCUGAGGGUGAAACAGCAAUCUUCCUCCAUGGUCAAGAGAAGAUUUGGAAAGGAUUUAUCAACAUGCAGACGGUGGCUAAGUUUGUGACCAAGGCUUACCUGGUCUCAGGAUCCUUUGAACACUUGAAGGAGGAUUUGCCAGACACCAUUCAUAUUGGAGGACGGAUAUCUCCAAACACAGUGUGGGACUAUGUUGGGAAGCUGAAAACCUCGCUCUCUAAGGAGCUGUGUCUGAUCCGUUUCCACCCAGCCACAGAGGAAGAGGAAGUGGCAUAUGUCUCUCUCUUCUCUUACUUUAGCAGCAGGAGACGAUUUGGUGUGAUGGCUAACAACAACCGCCGCAUCAAAGACCUCUAUCUCAUCCCACUGGGCUCAAAGGACCCUUUACCCUCCAAACUAUUACCGUUUGAUGGGCCAGGACUUGAACCAGCUCGUCCUAACCUCCUGUUGGGGCUGUUGAUCUGCCAGAAGGACAGAAAGCGUGCUGGUGCUCCAUUGGAAACUGAGGAAAAAAGGUCCAAGACUCAAACCAAAGAUGCUGAUGACACUGGCCUUCCAAAGCCAUCUCCCUCAGUCAGAGCAGAAAGAAGCACACGGCAGAGUCUAGAAAUCCCCUUCAGCACAACUCCUCCAGGGUCACCUCCAUCCAGCUCCUCAGAAACUUCAAACAGCACGAUGACAGCCUCCUCUGUCCUUUCCUUCAUGUCCUCUGUCAAAGCUCCAGCCACAUCCACUACCACUGGAAAGGAUUCCCCAUCCUCAUCCAGCUCUGUCGCUUCCUCUGCAGCAGCCGCCACUCCUCUUCAGACCAUCCUCAAUACUCUUUUUGGGAAGAAAAAGCUUGACUCAGAAGCUUCUAACUCUCCGUCUGAUCAAGGUGGAGAACUCUCCGUCCCACCAGCUACAAUGCUAGACCCCAUUGUGCAGCAGUUUGCACAGAUUUCUAAAGAGAAACCAUUAGAGGAGGAUGAAGAUGACCGACCAUAUGACCCAGAAGAAGAGUAUGACCCCAUUAGGCACAAUGUGCCUAAGAAGCCUGUUGAGAUAGUAAGCAAACCUGAAGUCCCCAAGCAGCCUGAGGUGGUUGCAAUUGAAACUGAUGAUGUGGCAUAUGACCCAGAGGAUGACUCCAUUUUUGAAGAGGUUAAAACUUUAGUCCCAAGUCAAGCUAAGGCUGCAGCUGAAUGUAUAACUGAUCCACAAAAGAUCCUAGAGAACCUUGGGGAUCAGACAUUCCAGAAACAGGGAGAUCAGCAAAUGUCUUCAACAGGGACACCUAGUGCAUCACUGACACUGCCAGACACACUCUUAACUCAACCUACCAAAUCCCUUUUGGCCAAUAGUCAACUAUUGCAGCUUGGCAAAAAGGUUGAUGAGCUAGUAAAGUCUUCAUCAGUUGCUCCCUUGAUCAAUCAGAAGAGAGAUCCUCGACAGAGCAGGGAUCCUCGCCAGGCCUCAGUUGGCAGGAAACUGACUGAUGCACCUGAGGAGAAAGAGGAGACAUCAGAUUCUACUCUUCCUUCAGAGCCACAGCUGCCCAAUGUUCCUGAACUCCCGGACUCCUCACAAGUUGUAGAGACAUCACUGCCUCAAGAAGAAGUGAAAGUCGAGACGCUACCCUUCAUGGAGUCAGACAAGGCGGAGGUGUCAAUUCCUUUAUUAGGAGAGGAGGUGGAACCUGAUAUGGAGGUCAACUACAUGGAUGAUAAAGAAGUGAAAACCGAGGAAGCUGAACCAGUCAAGACAGAAACAGAGAUGGACAAGUACAGUAUUUGGCCAAACGCUGCCAGUAUUUUAAAAGCUGCCGAAGACUCUGAGUAUGAGGAGAAUAGCCAAGAUACACCAACUACAAGCUAUUAUAAAGAGCCUGAAAACACUUCUGCAAAAACUUCGACAAUCCCAGUACUCACUCAGAGCACAGCAAUGAUUGAGACUCAGUCCCAUCAAGUGUCGCAUCACAUGUCAGCGCCAGGUUUCGACAGCGAGUACAGACCUCCAGCUGACAUUCCCCCUCCAUCCAACUUUCCCCCACCCCAUCCAAUGCAAGGACAAAACCUGAUAAUGAGGCCUCCACCAAUGUCUAUUCCACCACCCUUGCAAGGCCUUCCUCCAAUGUCAGGGCCCCCUCCUAUGCAGGGACCCCCUCCGCCCAUCCAUGUUCCUCCCCCUGUACGUGCUCCUCCUCCCAUGCAAGGUGACAGCAGUCAGCAAUAUGGCCCACCUCCAGCUGCAUACCCUCCCUAUCAGAACCAGUGGCCAGGCACCCAGCCACCACCGCAGCAGCAGCCUCUUCCUGGACCACCUCCUCAGAAUAUCAUGCCACCCAGAGGACCACCACCACCAUUCCCUCCAAUGGCCCAGAGAGUCCCUCCUCCUCAAGUAUUUGAUCCCUCCAUUCCCCCUCAACACAUUGGACAACAAGGCCCCCUUCCAGGCCUCCCCCCACCUCCUACUUUUGAUGGACAGAACAGCUUACCUACACCAAGAUUCACAGGUCCACCACCACCUUUUAAUUUUCCUGCAAACAGAGUUCCUCCUCCACCUUUCACGGGUCCACCUCCUGGUCACUUUGAUAACCGACUUCCUCCUCCGUCCCACUUCCCAGGGCCUAGGGGCCACCCUCCAUCUCAGUAUGGUGAUAUUGGGGCCCAACCCCCGAUGGUAGACCACCAUCGAGGCCCUGCAGAACAGUAUAGCAAAGACACUGCUAACUCUUUCAAGCUAAAUGUGGAUCAGAUUCCAAACUCUCUCCAUAUUUUUAAAGAAAGUCAGGGCCCCACGCCAGGUCCAGCUUACCGGGGACCGCCACUAAACCAAUAUGAGGAUAGAAGAGGCCCACCUCCCAGCGGGGAAAUGAGCGGACAACACUUCAAUCAGCAUAACCAGUAUGGGAGCUCCAGACCACACUCCUCACCACCACACCGAGGAUCUUUUGACGAGCACAGAGGUCCUCCACCUCACGAGAAUAGGCCUCAUCCAUCUCAGCCUUUUGGAGGAUUAGAGCGGUACCGCUUUGAUAGGCACUCGGAUGAGGCUAGACCUGUUCGUCACAGCGGGCCACUACUACCAACUCCUCCAGAGGCUCCCAUAGGUCCUCCAAGUCGCAUAGGAGCCCACAGUCCAGACCUGCACAGGGAUGACCACUGGCGCCGCCACUCUCCUGAAAUGAGGAGAAGGAGCAGCACCACCCAAGAGGACUCUGAACCUCGCAGUGGAGAUCGCUUCAGUCGCUUUGAAGGAGGGCACAGAGAACCUGCUCCUGGUCCCUCACAACCCACAGAAGAGAGACAGAGGGAGCUGUCUGAGGAUCGCAGGAGGGAAAGAGAGCGGGAAGUCCCCCACGUUGGCAGGCCAUCAUGGGAUAGGGGCCAGGGAAAGCGGUGGAGCCGAGAGCGAGAGUGGGACAGAGGCAGAGAAAGGGACCGGGAUCGAGAGCGUAGCCGAGAAAGAGAUCGCAGCAGAGGGAGGGAGGGUGAGAGGCACAGGGAGACGGAGGGAGAGCGACACAGGGAUCAAGAAACAGACAAGAGGAGAGACCGGGAGCGAGACAGGGAAAGGGACAGGGCCAGGGAAAGAGAUUCUGACAGGAGGGACUACGACCGUGACAGAGUGAGAAACCGUGACCGAGAGCGUGAACGUGACCGUGAUCGAGAGCGAGACAGGAGACGGGACAGAUCCAGAAGCAGAGAGCGAGAGCGAGAUCGAGACCGGGACCGCGGGAAGGACCGGGGCAGGGACAGAGACAGAGACAGAGACAGGGAGAGGGAGAGGGACAGAGACCGUGACAAAGACAGGGAUCGUCGGGACAGGAGCAGAAGUCGAGAAAAGAGAGAGGAGAGAAAGGACAGUAAACACGAUACACCCAAGGAGAGUGAUAAAGCUGUAGAAAAUGACAAAAACAUGUCCUAGUCUCUGUUUCAUGGACACUACAUUAGUUUUGAGACUCUUAAAUCUUUCACCAGUUGAAAUCAUCACUGAAAAUGCAGUUUUUCGUUAAAUUUCCACUCGUAUUCCUACUAUAAAAAAAUGUUUGGCUAUGUUUGUAUUCUCUUUGUCAUGUAAAGGUUUCUAAGUUUGUUUUAUGACAUUUGAAAAACAAAACAACUGAAGGCCAUUUAAGUUGCUUAUGUACAAGAUGUAUUAAGUAGGUCACUGAGUCCUAUUUCAUGUACCUUCCUCCUGUCAAAUCAUUUUUUUAAAGAAAACAAUAAUGCAUCUGAUUAACACACCAUUUGCAAUAUGUAAAUAUGAAUAUAUUUGUGUAUAUACUUAUGUUUUUAAUCAUACUUUUCUAAGUAGAGAAAAUAAAAGCCAUAUAUCUGAGAUGGAUAAUGUGAAAGUAAAGGCAACACUGUUGAUACACAAAUGUGUGUUUAUAUGUCGAGCAGCUUCGAACUAAAAGGCUUCAACUAUACAGUAUAAACCCCAUCGAUGGUUGUUAAUGAAAUGUCCAGAGUUUGUUUCAGCUCAACCAAUUAAAACAGUUUGACAACA